UGCGUGCACUGAAGAUGGCGGCCGUUGUGGGAAGGUUGCUCUGGUCUUCGGUUGUUCGGCGGCAUGGGAGUGCUAUUUCCCGGGGUAUUUCUGCCUCAGCAGUUCUUAGGCCUAUUACUUCUAGAAGAACCUGCUUGACAGACAUACUGUGGUCUGCCUCUGCCCAAGCAAAGUUUGCCUUUAGCACCAGUUCCUCAGUCCAUGCCCCUGCUGUCACACAGCAUGCACCCUAUUUUAAGGGCACUGCUGUUAUCAACAGAGAGUUCAAAGAGCUGAGUCUGGAUGACUUUAAGGGGAAAUACUUGGUGCUUUUCUUCUACCCUUUGGAUUUCACAUUUGUGUGUCCUACAGAAAUUGUUGCUUUCAGUGACAAAGCCAAUGAAUUUCAUGAUGUAAACUGUGAAGUAGUUGCAGUUUCAGUGGAUUCCCACUUUAGCCACCUUGCCUGGAUCAAUACACCAAGGAAGAAUGGUGGUUUAGGCCACAUGAACAUCAUGCUGUUGUCAGAUUUAACUAAGCAAAUAGCCAGAGACUAUGGAGUGCUGUUGGAAGGUGCUGGCAUUGCACUCAGAGGCCUCUUUAUUAUUGACCCUAAUGGUGUCAUUAAGCACCUGAGUGUCAACGACCUCCCAGUGGGCCGCAACAGAAGAAACCCUCCGAUUGGUGAAGAAACCCUCCGAUUGGUGAAGGCAUUCCAAUUUGUCGAGACCCAUGGAGAAGUCUGCCCAGCCAACUGGACACCAGAGUCCCCUACAAUCAAGCCAAGCCCAACAGCUUCCAAAGAGUACUUUGAGAAGGUUCAUCAGUAGGUCAUCCCAUGCUUGCUCUUCACCCAAAGCUUCUCAUGCCAAAAAAAAAGAGCCCCAGCUUGAAUCCACUCAGUGCUCUGAAGAUUAUUUAUAGAAUGGCAAAACCUCAUCAUGCUCUGUUUAUAAGGACUG